AUGGACGAGAGCGACCUGCGGGCGACGUUGGGCGUGAAGCAUCGCGGGCACAGGAGGAAGAUGCUCGCGGCGGCGUGGCGAUUAAAAGACAAGGCGGGGAGAGAAGAGGAGGAGGCUGAGAAGAGGAGGAAGAGGAGGAGGAAGACGGGCGAAGUUCGAGGGCAACGAGCGAACGGCGAAGAGAAGUCUGAGAAGUCUUCGGCGAAGAAGAAGUCCUCCGCCGAAGACGCGAAGACGUCCGCGGCGCGACGCGGCGGCGGCGUCGACCCUUCGUUGGCGUCUUGGAAGGCGGCGGCGCCCGCGUCUCGCGCGGCGCAAAUCAUGGGCGUGACGAACUGCCCUCGGCUGCGGAUGCUGCGCGACGUCACCGUCGGCGACGGCUCGCUCGCGAACCUCGCGGGGUUGUACUCGCGUCCGCCGCGGACUCGCGACGACGACGACGACGACGCCAACAUCGCGGGGUCCGACGAUCCGAGUGCCAGUCCGAGCCCCAGUCCGAGUCCGUCGCCGCGUCUGAACCUUCCGCUCCUCGGCUUGUGGUUCCUCUGCCCCGGCUUCAUCGUCGCGCUGCGCGCGCACGAGCUCUGGGGCCUCUCGUCCUUCCCCGGCGUCUUCGGCGCCGUCUUAGGGUUCGCUCUCGUCGCCAUGUUCGCGCAGGGUAACCUGGACAUCGCGCGGCGGUGGGAGCGAGGCACGCACUUGGAGACGCGGUGGGCGAGAAAUCGCGUCGGCGUCGCGGGCGCGCGGCUGCGCGCGAUCGCGAUGGCGCGCAACGCCGCCGUCCUCGCGACGACGCGGACCAUCUACCCCGGGCUCGCGCGCGCGCUCAUGCUGGAGGCGCUGACGCUCGCGACGUUUUCGGCGCCGAAAGUCGUCGGGGUGCGUUCUAUCUCGCACUGGUCCCCAUACGACCGCGUUCGCGUGGUGAACGCCGAUCCUUAA